UUUUUACAACGUACAUAAAUUCUCUAACCUCAACACUUUACUCUAUCUCACUGACCACUUUCUUACUCCAAAACAAAAAAAUGGCAACAAACCACCGCCACUUUUUCUCUCUCCUCCUCUUCACACUCCACCUCCUCCGUUCCGCCGCCGCCACGUACUCAAUCGGCAUCAACUACGGCACUGUAGCAAACAACCUCCCUCCGCCAUCACAGGUCGCCACCUUUCUCAAAUCUCAAACCACCAUCAACGCCGUUAAAAUCUUCGACGCCAAUCCCGACAUCCUCCGCGCCUUUGCCAACACUGGUAUUCCUGUCACCGUAACUGUCGGUAACGGCGACAUCCCUACGCUCGCCAAGCUUCCUGCAGCUCAGUCAUGGGUAGCUUCCAAUAUUUUACCGUUUUACCCUCGAACUUUGUUCAAAUACAUCGCCGUUGGUAAUGAAAUCAUGGCUACUUCUGAUAAAACCCUAAUCGCUCACACUUUACCGGCGAUGGUGUCACUUCAUAAAGCUCUCGAGCUUGCUAACGUCACCGGCGUUAAAGUCUCGACGCCGCAUUCGCUAGGGAUAUUAUCGUCAUCUGACCCGCCGAGCACCGGGAAGUUUCGUAAAGGCUACGACAAAAGAAUCUUCGCUCCGAUUCUCGAAUAUCACCGGCAAACAAAGUCUCCGUUCAUGGUUAAUCCGUAUCCAUACUUCGGGUUUAAACCGGAGACUCUAAACUACGCGUUAUUCCAGCCAAACGGCGGCGUUUUUGACGCUGUUACGGGGAUUAAUUACACGAACAUGUUCGACGCUCAGCUUGACGCGGUUUACACCGCGAUGAAGAAGCUUAACUACGAGGACGUGGAUAUAGUUGUAGCGGAAACGGGUUGGCCGUCUGCAGGUGACCCGAAUCAACCGGCAGUGACUUUGGCCAAUGCGCUGUCGUUUAAUGGGAACCUUAUUAAGCACGUGAGUUCCGGCAAGGGGACGCCGUUGAUGCCUAAUAGAACUUUUGAGACUUAUAUUUUUUCUCUGUUUAAUGAGAAUCUGAAACCUAUCGGAACUGAGCAGAAUUUCGGGUUGUUUAAACCGGAUCUUACUCCGGUUUACGACGUCGGAGUUUAUCGCGGCGGAAAGGCACAGGGUCCAGCUGGUCCAGCUGCUCCAGCACCAUCAACAAGUCAAGGAAAAAAGUGGUGCGUACCAAAAUCGGACGCUAGCGAUGAAGCGUUACAGAAGAACAUAGACUACGUGUGUAGCAUAGGAGUAAACUGCAAAGCAAUACAACAAGGUGGGCCAUGCUUCGACCCGAAUUCAGUGCGGUCACAUGCAUCAUAUGCGAUGAACGCUUAUUAUCAGACCUUUGGUAGGAAUGACUUUAACUGUGAUUUUAACCACACCGGGACCCUUACUGCCACCGAUCCGAGUCACGAGGCGUGUAGUUAUCCAUUUGACGGAAUAAUGUUGGAACAAAAGACGGUGACGGCAGGAUCCACGGCGUUAUUUAACGGCGUUAAGCUUGCGGUAGCGUGUUUUUGCUUGAUUUUUGUAAAUUUCUUAAUUUAAAAAUGAAGUUAUUAGUAAUAUGAGUAGUAUUAGUUAGUUAAUGUUAUUGACUUUGUGAUGGUAGUUUAUGUUGAGGGAAAAUUAUUAUAGUGGUCUAUAUUUUGUAUGAUGAACAUUUCCUACAUUUUGAGAUUUGUGUAGUCGUACGAAGGGGUGUUCAAAAACUGAUCGAAACCGAAACAUCAAAUUGAAUAUUAGUUAUUUUCUUUUUAUCCUCCAA